AUGAGUGAAAAAAGAGUAGAAAAAAUGGAAAGUACUGUAGUAUGUGAAAGUAAUAAAAAUAGUGAUGAUGAUGAAGAAAAUGAUUUGUUGCUUCCAGGAUUUCGAUUUCAUCCCACAGAUGAAGAGCUUGUAGGGUUUUAUCUUAAACGCAAAGUGGAAAAUAAAAAGAUCAAACUUGAUCUAAUCAAAGAGGUUGAUAUUUACAAACAUGAUCCUUGGGAUCUUCCAAAAGUGAUGUGCAGAGUAGGUGAUAACAAAGAAUGGUAUUUCUUCAGCAUGAGAGGAAGAAAGUACAAAAAUAGUGUAAGACCAAAUAGAGUAACAGGAUCUGGUUUUUGGAAAGCAACAGGAAUUGACAAGCCUGUUUAUUCACAAAGCAACGAGUGCAUUGGCCUCAAGAAAUCAUUAGUAUAUUAUAGGGGAAGUGCUGGAAAAGGUACUAAAACUGAUUGGAUGAUGCAUGAGUUUCGUCUCCCACCUAUUUGGAAGACGAAUACUUCAAAUGGACAGCUCCCUAAUCCCAAGAACAUUGCUCCUGAAGCUGAAGUUUGGACUCUCUGCAGAAUAUUCAAGAGGAUUUCCAAUUACAAAAGAUUCACACCAGAUUGGAAGCAGCAGCAGCCCGUUGUUAAACAAAGUUUCGGUGACACAAGUUCUAAGGCAUGCAGUGUUCAAUCCGAAAUCAGUGAUGAUCACUCCAAUAAUGUCAUCAAUUUCAAAAAGAUGGCAUUUCCACAAAAGAACAUUACAAAUGCAUCAUCUGGAGGAAAUUUAAACUAUCAAGUUGAUCAAAGAAACAGUUACUACAAUAAUAGCCAACUAAUUACGACCAUGCCUGAAUCGCCAUUCACAUCAUCAAAUUCAAUCUUUUGGAACACAAGUGCUGAAGAUCAGGAGUAUUUGUUUAGUCAUGGAAACUGGGAUGAGCUCAAAUCGGUCGUUGAUUUAGCCAUGGAUCCUCGUAGUCUUUUUGGAUUUAAAUAAGCUGGCUUGGAAGCAGAACAAACUUAGGACUU